UUUGAUGAUUAUUUUAGAAAUGAAUAUUCAUAUCUAAAAUGAUAAAGGUAUGGAUUAGAUAAUCUCUCAGGAUAUAGCAAAUGUUUCUUUAUUGUUAACCUGUAUCCAGAGCAUUGCAUUAGGGCUAGUAGACAUAAUAGCUAGCAUUUAUGAAGUAUUUACCGUAUUUUCCUUGGUCAGAUACAGCUGUACAUGCUUGCUUUCUGUGCUUCUUCUCUUAUUGUGCUUACAACAGUUUUAAGAAGCGUUUAUUUUUACAGUUCAGGAAACCAACGCUUAGAGAGAGAUGAAAUAAAUUACUCUUCCAGAGCUCUUUCUGUUAACCACUUCAUAAUUCUGAUCUAUUAUAAAUAACUAAUGAUCUCUAUUCAGAAUUAAUUUGUGACUGUGAUGUUUCUGUUUGCCCCUCAUGAUGUGAAUUCUGUAGUCUGACUCUCUAAGACCCUUUGGGGCAUAUCAUGUUUGGCUGAAAAAGGAACAGCAGUGUGCUGCUGCAUUUCCACAAUGCUGAAAAGAUGAGGUGGCAACAAUAGGAGCUUCUGGACUGCCUGUAACCUAGUUAUUUAGUCAUAUAUCUUUUUAAAGUAUUGAAUUUUUAAAAAUCAUCCUCAGUAUCACUAAUCCAGAAGGAUGAAGCUCCAUAAAUACAAACUGCUAAGAGUAUUUCUAAGCAUUUGUUUUAGAGAAGUAUUUCUUUAUUAAUUAGGUAUCCUUUAACCACUUGAGAAUCCAUGAAAACUGUAGAUGCUGUUCUGAGAAAUAUUCUUAAAAUUGCACUUAGUUAAAUAAGAGGAAUAGUUUGCUUUUAUGCAAUGCUUAGAAAUUGUUUCUGUUUGCUGGCUUAUACUUACAGAAAAUCUUGCUUUUCAUUAUAUUUUUAUUGUUCUGUUUUGCCUGGUAAGCUGCCAAAUGGUGUCACUUACCAUACUGGAACAUAUCAAGACCGGUUAACAAAGCUCCAGGAUCAUCUUCGCCAACUUUCCAUUCUCUUCAGAAAGCUGAGAUUGGUCUACGACAAAUGCAAUGAAAACUGCGGAGGAAUGGACCCCAUUCCAGUAGAGCAACUUAUUCCAUACGUGGAAGAAGAUGGCUCAAAGAAUGAUGACCGGGCUGGCCUGCCUCGUUUUGCUAGUGAAGAGAGGCGAGAAAUUGCUGAAGUCAAUAAAUCUACAUUUAACCAAAACAAGAGAGAGAGAGAAGAACAAGCUUCUGCUCUUGUCACAUGGGGUCGCUAUGAGUCAAAAUCAACUCGACAGCACAUUACAACAGUAAAAACAAUGAAAGCAAAGCAACGCCCAUUUCAUGUACCCAUUUCAUGUCUGAUGGAUAGUAACAAAAAUAAAAAUACUGGACUAUAUUUUAAUACAGUCGCCACUUGUAUUAAGUGAUUAUGUUGCUUUAUAGAUCUAUAUAUUCAGUAAUAAAAUUAUAUUCGUUUCAUGUCAAUUAAAAAUAUCCAGAAUUUUAUUACAAUGCAUAUUCUUUUAUUCUAAAUAACCUACAUAAAGUAAGUAGCUUUAUGUACCCCUCAGCUGACCCUCACUCAUUCAUUUUCAAAAUAUUACUGUUAUCAUUGUGUACUUGAAAUUGUACAGAACAAUAUAUUGAUGGUGUUUUACCAUUUAGUGUAUGUGGUCUCUCUGGUUUCUAAUAAUGUAUAUAUCACCGACUAUAAUGCUGUGAAACUUUGGUGUGCUUAACUGUGUAGUCAGUAUUUGAUGUAAAUUAUUAGAUGACAAAAUGGCUUAGCUUUAAUAGUCAAGAUUUUUGGCCCAUUUAAAUACUUUUCAUUUUCUCUUCAAAUAUCCUAGAAUCCAUAAGCCCUAAUACUCAAAGAAUGAAUACUGGUUUGAGACUUUGUGCUUUAGGGACAUCAGAAUGAGUUUAUUUUGCUUGAAGCUAUUCUGUUGUUGUUAAGCUGGAAUAGGAACCGCUGUAUGGCUGUACAGGGUUGACCUACUGUUGAGUCCAGGCAUUUAGAACUUAAAGCAUUGUGAUUAUGUGUCACAGCUUGUAUGAAUAUUAAAUUCCAUGGUGUGACUUAGCAUAAACAUGUUUUUUAACUAUCUACUCUACUUACACAUUCACCUGUUAAUGUAACAAAUUAGGCACAGCUGAUGGAUUUUGAAAAUAGCAGCUGUCAACCUCUGUUAAAAUCAAUCGGUGGCAUGAUUGUAUAUUUUAAUAAAUUUAUUUACAGUCUAAUCACUAACAAGCCUGUCAGCAUCUUUGCUGUUGAUAGUUUCAUGGCAUGUUUUGUCUCUAGGUAUUUUACUUCUAUGCUUUAUUUUUUUUUUUUACAUUAAAACUUUUGUGCAUCUUACUUGGAGAAAAACUAUAAAAGUACCUGUACUUUUAAAAAAUAUUUUCCUGCUGUCUAGAGUUGAAUAGUUCCUUGAAAAUACUCCACAUUUUUUUGGUUCGCUUACUUUAUUUUUUUUAACAAUUAACAAGGCUAAUUUUUUAAAACAAGUUAGGAGCCCUGGGGGCACACCCAUUAAGUGCUUGGCUGCUAACCAAAAG